AUGGGAUUUAGUAAUAGAGCAUUAGAACUGAUAGCAGGUUCAUACCCGAAUCUGAAGUAUCUCAAUCUGUGUAAUGAUCAGUCAGGUGGCUUUAGAAGCUUUCGUGCUCGAGAAGUGGAUGAUGAAGGUCUAACUGCAAUCGCAGAUUCAUGUCAUAAAUUGAAAUGUCUAAAUAUUUCUAAUCGCACAGACUAUUAUAAAAUUACUGAUAUAACUAUCGAAGAAAUUGCUAAAUCAAGUCUUAAUUUAAAAUAUCUAAAUCAGAAAGGGUGUUUUAAAAUUAGCAAAGAAGUUAUAGAUCAGCUAAAUCCACAUAUCUAUAUCAAGAAUUACUAG